UUGAUUGUAUACACCUGUGUCCAUGGAGGGGAUUGGAACACCUGAAUCACAUGAUAUGGAGGGGAUUGGAACACCUGAAUCACAUGAUUGGGAGGGGAUUGUAACACCUGAAUCACAUGAUAUGGAGGGGAUUGGAACACCUGAAUCACAUGAUUGGGAGGGGAUUGUAACACCUGAAUCACAUGAUUGGGAGGGGAUUGUAACACCUGAAUCACAUGAUUGGGAGGGGAUUGGAACACCUGAAUCACAUAAUAUGGAGGGGAUUGGAACACCUGAAUCAUGUGAUUGGGAGGGGAUUGGAACCCCUGAAUCACAUGAUAUGGAGGGGAUUAGAACACCUGAAUCACAUGAUUUGGAGGGCUGGCCCAAUAUUUCCGGCAAUAUAGUGUAUGUAUGU